UUGUUGGCUUGGAGCUCGGUCCAGCUGAUGGCAGGGGCGCGAGCGGUGUUAAUAUCUGACUGGAUUUUUAAUUCGUGUUUGUUUAUUUAUUUAUUUAUUAAGGAUAUUUAAGGGACAACGACAAAUCGCAUUUGGAAGAAAGGAAUGUUAUGCUUUAAUGUAUUUUAUCCCUGUGUCUGAUACAUGUGGCAGUCAGCUGAAUAAUGCUGGAAGAAUGCAGCCUGUAAGUAAAAGAGAUGCUGGAGUUUGGCAUCAGACGAAAAGCCUGCUCUACAAAAACCUGCUUAUCAAAUGGAGGACCAAACAACAAAGUCUUCAGGAGCUGAUCCUGCCCUUGCUCCUCUUGGGUCUUCUUAUCCUCAUCAGCAUGCUCAAUCCUCAUGUGUCUUAUGGCAGUAUUGACACCAAAGAGCUGGAUCAUGAACAUGACCUGCCAAUCAAAGGUCUCGGUUACACCCCCAUCAGCAACGUCACCAAUCACAUUAUGGAAGAGGUUGCACGGGAACUGCCCAUGAAUGAGCUUCGGUUGGAUAUGUUUUCUACCGAGGAAGAUUUGGAGAAUGCCAGUCUCUAUGAACCCAAUGGUUAUGUGGGGGUGGUCUUUCUGGACUCCAUGUCAUACCGUCUUCGGUUCCCAUACAGUGAACUUCCUCUUCCUAGUGAUUUUACAGAGUCCAUAACAAGUUGUUACACAAACUAUAGAAACUGCCGUGCUGCCAACUAUUGGUACUCUGGGUUCGUACGCCUGCAGUCCCUGAUUGAUGCUGCGAUCAUACAGAUGCAAACCAAGCGUUCAGUGGGGAAUGAAUUAAAGGUGCGUGCUGUGAUGAUGGGACAUCCGGGUUCUGUGGAGGUCCAGAAGUUCCCUCAUGCCCUUAUCUCCAUCUAUUUGGUGGUGGCAUUUACGCCUUUCGUCUCCUUUCUCAUUGUCAAUGUGGCCGCUGAAAAAGAGCAGAGACUCAAAGACACCAUGGGCAUGAUGGGAUUGUAUGAUUCUGCAUUCUGGCUUUCGUGGGGUCUCCUCUAUGCUGUGCUGGUGACGACUAUGUCCAUUCUUAUGGCUGUUAUAGCAACCUGCACUCCACUCUUCUCCAACAGCAACUUCUUUGUCAUAUUCCUGCUAAUUUUUCUCUAUGGAAUAUCCUCUAUUUUCUUUUCCUUCAUGUUGACGCCCCUGUUUAAGAAGCCCAAGUUUGCGAGUACGGUGGGGUCCACACUGACGGUGGUGUUCAGCUGUCUGUCUCUCUUCACUGUGCUGAUGAGAGAUUUCCCUCAGCCUGUGGUCUGGGUCCUCUGCCUUCUUUCUCCCAGCGCAUUCUCCAUUGGUAUCGCCCAGGUGGUGUAUUUGGAAGCUCAGGGUGAUGGGGCAGUGUUCUCCUCUUUGCGCGAUGGUCCUCACGCCCUCUAUGUUCCAAUGGUCAUGCUAUUUUUGGACUGCAUUCUCUACCUGCUAUUAGCCAUUUACUUGGACCAGGUGCUGCCAGGUGAGUUUGGCACACGGCGCUCAAUGAUGUACUUCCUGCAGCCAUCCUAUUGGUCAAAGAAAAGGAAGCACUAUGUGGAGGUGAGCUCUGUCUUUGAAGGAGAUGUGAACGGAGCUCCUGUGAUUGACGAGUCGGCGGAGACCGUUUCUCCUGAGUUUAGAGGCAAAGAGGUCAUCAGAAUCUGCAAUAUCCGUAAAGUCUACAAAGAUAAAGACAUCACGGUGGAGGCACUGAGAGGUUUGACUUUUGACAUCUAUGAGGGUCAGAUCACAGCCCUGCUCGGACACAGUGGAGCGGGCAAAUCCACCCUAAUGAACAUUCUUUGUGGCAUUUGCCCUGCAACAGAAGGCACAGCCACCAUCUAUGGCUCCCCUGUGGCAGAGAUCGCGGAGGGAGCUGAGAUGAAACAGCUGGUCGGUAUAUGCCCCCAGUUCAACAUCAUCUUUGAUGUGCUCACCGUACAGGAACACCUGAGGAUUUUUGCAGCCAUCAAAGGGAUUCUGCCCUCUGAUAUCGACGGCGAGGUAAGGAAGGUUUUAAAAGAUUUGGAUUUGGAAAAAAUUAUGGAUGCCCAGGCGAAGAACCUGAGUGGAGGCCAGAAGAGAAAACUGUCAGUGGCAAUAGCAAUUCUUGGUGACCCAAAGAUUCUUCUUUUGGACGAGCCGACAGCUGGUAUGGACCCAGUGUCUCGUCAUCAGGUUUGGUCAUUACUGAAGAGCCGUAAAGCAGGCAGAGUUACUGUACUGAGCACUCAUUACAUGGAUGAAGCAGAUAUACUUGCAGAUCGUAAAGCCAUCAUCUCUCAAGGGCAGCUAAAAUGUAUUGGCUCAUCUUUGUACCUGAAGACCAAGUGUGGAGUUGGUUACCAUCUUAGGAUGUCGGUGACCGAAGGUUGUGAGGUUGAGAGAGUCACAUCACUGGUCAAGCAGCAUGUUCCCAAGGCACAGUUGUCACGGCAGCAGGAGGCUGAGCUCACGUUCACAUUGCCUUUCGAGAGCAUGGAAACUUUCCCAGGGCUUUUUGCAGAACUGGACUGUCGACCCGACCUAGGUGUCACAAACUACGGUGUCUCGAUGACAACAUUAGAAGAUGUAUUCUUGCGUCUGGAGGCGGAGGCGGAGGUGGAUCAGGCCGACUACAGUGUGUUUAACCAUGAGAAGGUGGAAGAAGAAGGAGAUGCCUCAUCUCUGGAUGAUAUAGACCAAAGGCUGCUUACUUUCUCAGACAGCAGACAGGAUGCAGUAACCGCCCGUGCCCUCUGGAGGCAGCAAUUCAGCACGGUGGCCUGGCUGCACAUGCUUAACCUGCAGAGGGAAAAGAAGCCCAUCAUAUACAAUGUCACCCUAUAUCUGGUUUUCUUGUCGGGAGUGCUUAUUUUGUCUCUGGCCACAGGAAACAUUCAGAUUCACUCUCCCGAAAGACUGUUUUCGCCCAUUUACUUGUUGCAUCGCAACGAGGCUCCUCGCAAAUACGCCACAAGUCUGCUUGUCCAAAAUUCGACCGAUUCUGACCUGUCAGGGUUCAUCCGUAAUGUUGAGAAUCAGGACAUUAAGGUAGAAAUGAUGAGAAAACCGGAUUAUAUGUCUUCUGCACCUGUGAGCGCCGCCAUCAAUGUGACGGGAUCUAGUAAGGAUCAUACAUACAUUUUAGCAUUUAACAGUACCACAGUGCACUCUCUACCCAUGGCUGUUAAUGUGCUCAGUAAUGCCCUCCUGAGAGGCUUUAAUGGCACCGGACGCAUCAAAACGUGGAGCAAGCCUUUCGACUACCAAAUCCCAGACACAACUUCCUAUGUUCUGAUCUACAUUGAGUCAAUCCUUCUGGGAAUGCUGGCUGCUGGAAUGUCUGCCUAUUUUGCAAUGGACCACACAAAAGACAUAGAGCUGAAGUGUCGCUCAACCCUGAGGAUCUCUGGUCUGGUUCCGUCCGCAUACUGGUGUGGUCAGGCAGCUAUUGAUGUUCCCUUUUAUUAUCUCAUCUUAAUCUGUAUGACCAGCACUCUGUUUGCUUUCCAUUCCACAAACCUUCUGACCGCCCAUAACGUCAUGGUCGUGGCUCUUUGUGUGAUCGGUUUCUCUCCAGCCAUGGUUCUCUUCACAUACUGCGUGUCCUUCUUGUUUGUCAAAGUCCAGAGCAACAGGGACUUCUUCUCGGUGGUCUCCAUGAUGAUUUGUAUACUUUCUGCAUCCAUAGUCCAGUUGGCUCUUGUGAACCAAGAUGAAGGUCUGGCUCAAAUCCUGCACAAUGUGUUGUGUUUCCUCAGUCCACUUUACCCUCUUAUGGGCUGCCUUACAUGCAUUACCGUGGCCACCUUCCUUCAGUCUACGCAUGAGGUGGAUUUCCUGUGGACGAACCUCUUCAUCUCUGUAAUCGCUCCGUACAUCCAGUGUAUUUUGCUGAUCAUCAUUCUGAGAUGGUUGGAGAUGACUUAUGGAGGGAAGACCAUGAAGAACGACCAGCUGUGCAGGAUUUCCUCAAAAACAAAGGACAAAGUUCAGAAGAACCCAGACGAGAACGUAAGCGAGGAUGAGGAUGUGCAAGUGGAGAAAGCCAGAGUCAAGGAGGCGUUGACUUGUCAAUGCUGUGAGGAAAAACCAGUGGUGGUGGUGAGCGAGCUGAGGAAGCAGUACAAAGGAAAGAGAGAAGGCUUCUCGCUCACCAAGAGAAGACAAGUUGCCACCAAGAACGUCUCUUUUUGCGUUCGCAAAGGUGAGGUUUUGGGUUUGUUGGGUCCAAACGGAGCUGGAAAGAGCACCAUCAUGCAUUUGCUGUCCGGAGACCUGGAGCCUACUGCUGGACAGAUCUUGAUGGGGGAUUAUGGCACAGACUUUCAGCCAACAGAAAACCCCCUGGAGCAUGUAGGUUACUGUCCUCAAGUGAACCCUCUGUGGCCUAGAAUCACCCUUCAGGAACACCUGGAGAUCUAUGCUGCCAUCAAGGGGCUACAUGAACAUGAUAUCCCAAACAUCAUUAAGCGUGUUGUGAAGGCUCUAGAGCUGAAGGAUCAUCUUCAUAAACAGGCCAAAAACUUGUCUGCAGGACUAAAGAGGAAGCUGUGCUUCGCACUAAGCAUGCUGGGAAAUCCUCAGAUAGUUUUAUUGGACGAGCCGUCUACAGGGAUGGAUCCCAAAUCAAAGCAACGCAUGUGGAGGGCGAUCCGUGCCGCCUUUAAGAACAAGCAACGAGGGGCACUUUUGACCACCCAUUACAUGGAGGAGGCAGAGGCUGUGUGUGACCGUGUGGCUAUCAUGGUUUCAGGUCAACUACGGUGUAUUGGUUCCAUUCAGCACCUGAAGGGGAAGUUUGGGAGAGGUUACAGCCUAGAGAUAAAUCUCAGGGAGGAGCUCACAGGUCUUCAGCAGGCUGAUCUGUUGCACAAAGAGAUACUGAAGAUAUUUCCCCAUGCUGCUCGUCAGGACAGUUUUGCCACCCUGAUGGUGUAUAAAAUCCCAAUGGAAGAUGUGAAGUCACUAGCCAAGGCCUUUUCCCAGCUAGAGAGUGCUAAACAAAACUUUAACUUUGAAGAGUACAACUUCUCCCAGUCAACUCUUGAACAAGUUUUCAUGGAGUUCGCAAAAGAGCAAGAGAAUGAGGAAGAAGAGGUGGGCUCUCUCAGCACAACCUUUCAAUGGCAGAGGCUGAGACAGGAUGGCUCAGUGUCCAUCAAUCACGCAGACAGCGUGGUACACCAGCUAUGAGCCUGUUCCUGAACCGAUGUGCCCUCUUCUGUCUGCAUGUGCCGUCUAUUGCCUUAAAAACCUUAAGCCGAUGGUCACAGCCGACUGGACCUUGGAAACGUGUCCACUUUUACACAUUCAGAACGAGUGUGGGCCGGCCACAAUACUAAUGUUGGCCCUAGUCCUGGCACAUACUGGGGUCCGAUGCAUGACUCGUGCGUCAAUGACUUUUAAAAAAAGAGAUUUCAUUUUUAAUCUCUCACCGAGAGAGCAUUUUAACAUGUACAUUGUGUUCACAAGUAUCAAGCUCGCCGUCCUCCACAUACACCACUGGAAAACGAAUUGCAUGGAGCGGGUUCCACAUUAGCAAAACGGUACCAAAGUCUCACGUCGAUGUCAAAAGGUGGCUUUGGUGCCUGUAGCAUGGAUAUAAACUUUCAUCUAUGUGUGUUCCAGCUAUAUAAUGCAUAAUAUUAAUAUAAAAAACAAACUUUCAGACAGGAGAAUCUCAUUUCGGCUGUUGCUAGUGCUCAACAGCACUGACGCUGAGGUUUACCAGCAUGCAUGCGGUGGGCGGCUCUUGUUCCUUAUACCCUCUUUUGGGAGAAGCAGUCCUGCAGGUGCGUGAAAGCCUUCUGUCUUUGCUUUAAGUUUUUAAAGACUCACCAAACACGUUUCUGACUUUCACACACAGCUCUCCAAAGAAACACAGGGCUAAGCACUCGCAUUGAUAAAGCCAGUCACGUCAUUUGGUGGCCUUCUUUUAGAAACCAAGUUUUUAAAUCAGUAGCUUAAGAAUGUAGUUCACACAGUCUGCACUGAUCCAUGUAGCACUCCGAUUUCGUCACAUAUGGCUGAGAAGUGUUUAUAUUUAUGUUUUAUUAUUAUUUAAAGAAAUGUACCAAUGAAGGCAGAUACUGAAGUGCUUUUGGGACAUUGAGUCUUGGAUGUACUAUGGUAUUUUUGGUAAAGGUUUUUAAACUGUCCGGUGUAGCACAGAGAUUUUGUGAGAUGGUGUUCCAUUGUUUAUAUUGCGUUUGAUUUGUUUGUUUGGUUGUAGCUCAUAGGGGCGUUGUGACCAUAGGGUAAAUAAGCUACCGUCCUUUUAAUAUGUACAUUUUAUGUUUUAUGGUUUUUCUGUUCGAUGUAAAAUAACAAGAUCUCUUUGAUGAACCAAUAAUAAAAACUCUUAAAAUUCA